UUUUUCUGUAGGUCAGAGGUUAGGUGUUUUCUUCCCACGCGGAAAGUUUGCAGUUCGGAGAUAGCGUGUAUCUCAUCUUAAGGGUACUGUCUCUUUGUUCGGCGGGGGAAAUGUCCUUACAGGCAAUCCGAUACAAGCGUGGGGAGCUGCAGCUUCUGAACCAGCUGCUGCUGCCCGAUAGGACGGAGUAUGACGACGUCAGGACGGUGGAAGACGGCUGGCGGGCGAUCAAAGGAAUGAAGGUACGUGGAGCGCCCGCCAUAGCCAUAGCGGGAUGUCUUAGUGUCGGGGUGGAGAUAGCCAAUAGGGACUUCUGUUCUGCAGAAGAGCUGGUGAAGUUCGUGACAGACAGUCUGGCGUACCUGGUGACGGCUCGCCCCACCGCCGUCAACAUGACAGAAGCCUCCACCCGCCUGUCAAAACAGAUCUCUCAACGUAGUAAAGAAGGUCAUUCCAGUAAAGACAAGCUCAAGGAUUGGUUUCUACAGGCAGUACAGGACAUGUUGGACAGAGAUGUGGAAGACAAUAAGACCAUGGGCAGGUACGGUGCUGAUCACAUCCUACAGAACGUGGGGGAGAAAGAACUCACAGUUCUCACACACUGUAACACCGGGUCUCUGGCCACGGCAGGCUACGGAACUGCACUGGGUGUGAUCAGAUCUCUACAUGAGAAGAAGGCCAUCGCGGAGGUGUACUGUACAGAGACCAGGCCGUAUAACCAGGGCGCCAGGUUAACAGCAUACGAACUGGUACAUGACAACAUCCCCGCCACACUCGUCACUGACAGUAUGGUGGCUGCACUCAUGAGGACAAAAGGGAUCUCAGCUGUUGUUGUCGGCGCAGACAGAGUGGUUGCUAACGGCGACACGGCCAACAAAAUCGGCACGUACCAGCUGGCCAUACUGGCCCACCAUCAUGGCGUCCCGUUCUACAUCGCCGCGCCGUCCACGACCUGUGACCUUUCCCUGCGAACGGGAGAGGAGAUCGUGAUCGAACAGAGGCCACACAAGGAGAUGACUCAUAUCAAUGGUACAAGAUUGGCACCUGAAGGAAUCAAGUGCUGGAAUCCUGCCUUUGACGUAACGCCUCACGACCUAAUCACAGGGGGUAUCAUCACAGAGAAGGGGGUGUUCCCCCCUGACAAGUUAGAAACAGCACUACAACAGCUCAGUGGACAGGACAGAUAAAAACACUAAAGCUGACUGGCUACAUUGCAACCAAAGAAAAGUAUUAAGGCAAUAUUUAUAUAAGGCAAUGUAAUGUAUGCACAAGAUGAAAUCAUAAAAAUGAUUGUCAAAAGACA